AUGGGAAAAACACUCAAGCUUGGAGCUGCGCUCUCCUACCCGAUCACCAUCACCAAGAUCUUAAAAAAUGUCGGAGACGACAUCUCGAAGAAAGAGCCCCUGCUCCAGUACAGCUACAAGUUUAAGAGAGUCAUCCAUCAGGAAUACGACCAAGACCGCGUCGACAUUGAGACGGGCUACGCCGAGUGGGACAGCCCUGCCGAAGGACGCAUCCUGAAGUGGCGAGUCAAGAACGGUGAGGUCAUCGAAAACGACCAACAGCUGGUCACCAUAGAAGAGGCGUGCAGCCACGAAGUCCAGUAUGCCGGCUUGUGCGCCAUUUGCGGCAAGGAUAUGAAGGAGGCCAACUAUGCGUCCGAGCAGCUCGACACAUCUCGCGCCACAGUCGCCAUGGUCCACGACAACGUUUCCCUCACGGUCAGCUCCGACCAGGCCAUCAGAGCCGAAAUGGCAUUGCAGAAGCGCCUGCUCAAAGACCGCAAACUGAGCCUGGUAGUGGAUCUCGACCAGACCAUCAUUCAUGCCUGUAUCGAGCCUACAGUCGGCGAAUGGCAACGCGACCCCUCAAACCCCAAUUACGAAGCCGUCAAAGAGGUCAGGAGUUUCCAGCUCGAUGACGGUCCCCGAGGACUUGCCAGUGGUUGUUGGUACUACAUUAAGAUGCGACCAGGACUGGCGGAGUUUCUUGAGCGCGUCGCAGAACUAUUUGAGCUCCACGUGUAUACGAUGGGCACGCGUGCGUACGCCCUCAAUAUUGCCAAAAUUGUAGACCCGACACAGAAAUUGUUCGGCAACCGGGUUAUUAGCAGAGACGAAAAUGGUAGCAUGACUGCCAAGAGCCUACAGCGGCUGUUUCCCGUCAGCACAAACAUGGUGGUUGUGAUCGACGACCGAGCGGACGUCUGGCCCCAGAAUCGCUCAAAUCUCAUCAAGGUUACGCCGUACGACUUCUUCAAGGGCAUAGGUGACAUCAACUCCAGCUUCUUGCCAAAGCGGGAAGACAUUAUCGCGCCCUCGCCCUUGCCAGAGCUCACCCCCAAGGUGCCCCCAACGCUUGAGUCCACAGAAAGCACAGAGAGCACCAAGUCCAAGAUUGCGGAGCACGAAAAGGUGAUGGCGGCAAGCAGCGACGAAACCCUGAUUCUGCAACUACAAGCUGAGGAGCAAGAACGCAGCUUGGAGAAGCAGCUCACCGAUAGACCCCUGUUACACCUGCAGAAGCAACUGGACAAGGAGGACGAAGAAGCGGAGAAGGAGGCAUCAGAACACAAGGACGACACCCAACCGUCAUCGAAUGGCGAGGCAGAGCACCAUCGACACAACCUUCUACGAGAUGACGACCAAGAGUUGAUACACCUGGAGAAGCAUUUGGCCAGCUUGCACCAUUCCUUCUUUGAGCAACUCGACGCACGCGCUACGAACCACCGGGUCGACGACAUUGCCCCUGACCUGAUCCCCGAUGCGGGCAAGAUUCUUACUUUCCUCAAGUCCCGCGUCCUCAGAGGCACUAAAAUUGUCCUCUCUGGACUUGUGCCCCUCGGCGCAGAUGUUCGGAGAACAGAAAUUGGGAUGCAAGCAGAAAGCUUCGGAACUGAGAUCAGGACGCGCAUCACCAGCGACGUUACACAUCUUGUCAUCAGCAGCUCACGUCCACGAACGCAGAAAGUGCAACAGGCUGCUCGGAUACCGUCUAUCAAGAUUGUCAACCAGAAUUGGCUGGCUGACUCGAUAGCGCAGUGGGAAAAGCUAGACGAGACGCCGUACAUGAUUGACGUACAUCCAUCAGAUCUCGUCCAAUCUGGUCAGCACCUAUUUGAAGACGAGCAGGGGGAAGAUGCUGACGAGGAUGACGACGAUGACGACGAUGGAGACGCGGACUUUGACGAGGAAGACCGAGCAGAUGACCAGGAUCUGUCCGACGUCAUGCCGGCGGAACUGGAGGACGGAGAGAAAAGCCCCGGUGCGCUUAAACGGAGCACCUGGGACGACAUCACCAAAGAGCUCGAGGACGAGCUUGGCUCAGAUAUGGACGACUCCGACCUUGAGAGUAUCGAUCGUGGGUUUGACACCGAUGAUGAUUCCAACAAGAAACGUAAAUACGACGGCGACGAAGGCGACGAGGAGAGCCUGCUAGCAAAGAAGCAGCGUAUCGCCAAGACUAGGACGACUGGUCUACGCAACGUGCACAAUGCUGGCGAGGACGACGCUGAAAGCAACAGUCUGCCUACUCCAGUGGGUACCGGAGAUGACGACGAG